ACUAGAUAGACGACCCGGUAUGCAUACAGCUAUUUAAAUUCAAUAUUAAUCUCAACUUUGACUUAGAAAUAUUACAUGUUGACAGCACAUUAAAUUUUAAUCCAAAAAAUCUGCACCUAGACCUAGUCUAUAUCAAAUACAAAUGCCACAUCUAGAUCUACUAUUUUUUCUGCAAUUAUUGUAAUUUAGAUGUAAUUAAUAAGAAUAUAUUUAUUAAUUAUAUAAUAAUAUACUAUUCUCUCCUCCCCCUAUUCAAAACUUCUGCUAGUAAUAUUUUAGAUUCUUAGUUGUUUAUUCAAUCUACAUAGCUAUCCGUAUUUACGGUCGGUAUUUUAUAUAGGUCUGUGAGCUCUAUUAUUUCUAUUAGUUUAUUUUCUCUCUCUUCCAAUCCGUGAUUAAAGUCGGUAUUUAAAAAACAACUAGGUUAUUCCCCCUUUUGAUAAUGCUUUUGGUCUUGAUCCUGCUCCUUGACAACGCAGAAAAAUGGCCAGGAGUGUAAAUACCGACGCUCAAUGCGGAUAUUGCCCCACUCCCCUACACUGACUUAGUGACUGUAAAUAGUGUAAACUAGUCUCAGUGAGACGUCGACAGUCACACUGUAAACAAUAACUUAACGUGACGCCUGACAUGGGAACUUUUGUACUCUAAACAUGACUACUGGAUGAUUACACUUGAAGACUUAAUGCAAUGAAUGUUCAAAGAAUGAUAAAUAACUAUGUGCCCUCAGCCAUCAGGAAAAACCAAAUGGUGACUUUUGCACUGAUGGUCAUAGUCGUGGUCUUCAUGAUAGUUCUUGGACAUUCACUACGAUUUGAUUUGGCACCAAUGUCCUUUUGUCAGUCCGAAACAAACUUAAAGUCUAUCUAUCUAAAUGCGUCUGGGAUACAUGUUAUACCCUCCAAACCAGACAAACAAACGAAAUCUAGAGAUGCAUCGGAUGUUUCCAAUAAUGAGUGUGUUGAUUUAUUCAACCCUGAGAAGUCUGGAAAGCUGCUGAUAUGCAUCCAUGAUCCCAAGAAAGAUUUGAUGGUGUCUGCACAUUUAAAAAAUGAAGGCUCGUGGGAAAAAGAAAACGUUGAAGCCAUGUACCAAAUGACUUCUAUGUUUCCAGGAAUUGCACUGGUGGAUCUGGGUUGUAAUUUGGGUGUCUUCACAUUACCAGCGGCUAAGUUUGGGAUGGAGGUUAUCGCUCUGGAUGCCAUGAUGGAUAGUCUUCAGCUACUGCAGAGAUCUUUGGCCAUAAAUGGUCUGUCUUGUCAUGUCACACUCAUCCAUAAUGCCCUUCACCGGCAGCGUAAACAGCUGCGUCUUGCUGUGGACCCAACCAACAUUGGGGGCUCCAGUGUGGUGGAGAUUAUUCAGUCAAGGAAAAAGAAAAUUCCCAAAAAAUAUCUUGUGGAUGCCAUUUGUCUGAAUGAUCUGGCACCACUGGUUGAAGGCAAGCAAGUGUUUCUUAAGAUUGACUUAGAAGGUCAUGAGGCUAAGGUCCUAGAAUGUGCUCAAGAUUUCUUUGACAAAGUGGAUGUCAAGGUUGUGCUCAUAGAGUGGAUGUAUUAUCGUCACAAUGAUGAAGGAAGUAAAAUUGUCAAAGAUUUCCUGGUUCACAACCACAUGGUGCCAACAUGGGGUUUGGACCUUAACAGACAGAUAGAUCUCUACGCAUCUCAUAGUUGGCCAGAUAACGUCUUCUGGAGAAAAACUGUGUAGUCUUUUGAUUUCACCAAUGCCUACCUACCUUCCCAAGUUUGAAAUUAAUGUAACAAUUUACAUUUUUAUUAUAGCCGCCAGUAGAUCAAGUAUUGAAUUAAUCUAUACAAACUUUUUUUUAUUUGGAAAAAAUUGCUUUAAAUGUAGUUGUUGUCCAAGAUUGUUUAUGUGGCUUAAUGAACCAAAGUCUUACUAGACAGUUUAUGUGACUCAAUGAACCAAAGUCUUACUAGACAGUUUAUGUGGCCCAAUGAACCAAAGUUAUUCUAGAAUAGGCUUCCACCUUCAAUAGUCUUUACUUGAUCUUGAGUACCCUUUGAUAGGUUACAAGCUCUGUCUCUCUAUAGCCUUAGAAUAGCUGAUUCAGGGAAGCUGCAUUUAAUCAGGUCCUGUUUUAUCUCCUGCUUCUUAACUCCUGCCACGUUUCAAUAUGUUGCUAACUAUUGUAUUAGCAUGAAACAGAUUUUUGCAGAUGUGCUUAUAGAAGAUGCCCAUUGUGUACAUAAACUGUUAAUUGAAAAAUUAAUCUGUUAAUUACUUGCCAAGUAGUAACUAUUCAGUGACUUGUUUCAGAUUGUGAAGUUUUUAUUUUUUUUAUUUUGUUAAAUCCUAUGAUAGCUUUUGAAAAAGUUGGAAAACCCUAACUAAAGCAAGUAAAAGCUCAUUUCUAGGCAGAGAAAAAGUUACAAAAUGAGCUUUGAUAAAUUUUUUACAGUAGUUUUUGUUGAUUUUAAAUAGUGCAAUACUUUAAUUAAUUUAUGUUAAGGAAUUGUUAAAUUAAGUGAUUGAAAGGAAUGUUAUUGUAUUUUUUUUUAUGCAGAUAUUUUGAAAAAAAAAUGUUUUAUUUUGAUUUCUGACAUCAACUGUUACUUCUUACUAUGUAUGGAAAGUCAUAAUGUAAUAGCUCUAAUGAUUACCAGCUUCAGUAAGAUAAAUACAAUUAUUCCUGAAAUACGGUCAUACAUUUAUACUGACUUUUACCAUUUGCUGGGUAACCAAUACAAUGAGAUUACCAUUAAAAUGAAACAGUUUUAAACCAAUUUCCUAAUUGUAAAAAAAAAACUAUUUAAAUUUUUAAACUUGUUGGGAAUUUUGUAGAAAAUUUUUGUUUUUAAUAUGGAGGGGAAAAAUGAUGAAAUUUCUGUUUUGUAGAGAUCAAAUUUUUAAAUGUAGUGUUAUUUUUUUUUUUCACUAAUUUAUAACUUCAAUUUAAUCACAGAAUGACAUUUUCAUUUCCACAAACCCUUAUUGGAAAUCAGAUUCCAUUCCUAGAUCUGGUGUUUCUUGAUACAUUUGAGCUUCUUGGAAACAAAAAUGAAAAGAAAAAAAAAACAAUGUAACUUAAACCAGCAUCUUAUAAAUCUAUGUGUUUGUGUGUGUUUAUAAAGUAAUCUGGAUAUUGAGAUUAUAUUGUGUAUGUGGGACCCAGCAGUCUCACAUAUUGCUUGUGUGUGUGUAUGAUAUGCUGCUAAGCAAAUCUUUGAUGAAAACUUUGUUGGUGUGAGUUACUGGCCUUUGUCAAGUUGAUGGAAAUUUCUUAAAACUUUCCUGUGAUUUCAUACUUACAUUCCAUGGCUGUUUUUUUUUUUAAAUUAUAUUUACAUCUUAAUCUAAUGAAAAGUAAAAAUGUUUUAUAUUUGUUUACUGAAAGUAAUUGUUGUGAACAUAUUAUCUUUCCAUUUUAUUUUUCAUUUUGAAAUUGUAUAUAUAUAGAUAUGCUUAGGAAUACUUGAUAUGUUUUUGUUUUUUUUCACUUUGGUUCAUUCCAUUUUAAUACUGACAUAAAUAUUUUAAAAUGUCAUGAAUUGUCAAUGUUAAGUUUAAUAUUUAUUAUGCAUACAUUUUAUACAUGUACUUUGUGAUUUUACCUUUUACGAGUCAUAUUUGUUGUUGUAUAGUUGCAAACAUGGUGACUACAGACUUGCAAUGCCAUGACAUCUGCAGUCCUGGUUCAAAAUUCAUACUUUGUCAUCAUUUACUCCCUCCCUCCAAUCACACACAUCUAUGCUCUAGCAUCCUGUGUGUUGUUGCCUUAAGUAGUCUUAAGAUGGUUAAAUUAAAAAAAAGACACAAAAAGAAACGAACGAAUCAAACUAAAAUUUGGAUAUUCUUUUAGAACUAUAUAUAUAUAUAUAUUAAAGUUUCCCUUUCAGACCUUGCUAUCUAUAAGGCAAAUGAUGCAAAGGUCAUCUGUUAAUGGCACACAGUUAAUGAUGGUGUCAUGUGGCCAGCACAAUGACCAGCUGCCUUUACUUUAUCCCAACUACUGUCAGGUACCCAUUAGAGCUGGGUGGACUCAGAGGCACCCUAAAUUAAAAAUCUCAUUGAUCCUGGAACCAAUCAGCCACAGCGCUUCCAUAUGUAUGUAUAAAUAAAUAUAUAUAUAUGUUUAAAUGUAAUUGCCUUUUUUUUUCAACGGAUUAUGCAAAUGACCAAAUCUGUGACUGCAUUAACAAAAGUUGUGACUCAGUUGCAUUACUGAACAGAUGGAUGCUGCGACUUCUUAUAUGACAGUAAAGUUUAAAUACAGAUAUUGAAUGACUCUUUUCUUAAAAUCAAAACCUAAGCAUCAUUCUUUUAUUUGUAUGACUUACUGCUCAAGACUUACUUAGAUUGUUUUAACUUUUGAUAUAUUUCAUGUAUGUCAGGUUCUUACAGUGCCAUCAGCCUACUUUUAUUGUUUCUUAAUAAAAAUUUUUUAUAAUCUCAAA